AUGGAAAUACAUUUACUGAAAUGCUGGCGGAAGCUGUGCUUAGUGGCCUUACUUGUCACAGUCCUACAGAUGUGUGAAGCUCAAUACAACCAAGGUGAAGAAUUGAAAGCGUUCACAUGUGAAGGAAGCACACUGUCCAUCAGUUGUUUACACAAGGGACUCAUUCGUAUUGUGCGUGCCAACUAUGGCCGAUUUACCAUAACACAGUGCAAUUUCUACGCACAAACGGAGGGUUGGGACAUGCAAUGUCACUCUCCCAACUCUGACAUUGUGGUUCGACAAAGGUGCGAUGGGCGUGUCACUUGUAACAUCGCUGCGGAAAAUGAUGUGUUUGGAGCUGACCCAUGUCCUAGCACUUACAAGUACCUGGACGUGCAUUACAUAUGUGAGAAAGAUCGUGCACAAACAGUCCCCAAAUCCCAAGUGGCUAAAGUGGGUGAUGAUGUAGAGCUUGUCUGUUCCAAGGAUGAUAUGGAAGAUUCCUCUGUCACCCUUGAGAUGCUUGCUACUACAAAAUGGUCAAAAAUUGAAGGAAAUAUUUCCAGCAAUGCUCGUGAGGAGGGCACUAAAUUGAUUAUACCGGAUGUGACUGCCAAAGACGCUGGUACAUAUUGCUGUACGGUCACUUUCGGGUCGAAGUCCUUCCAGUCUAAGAUCUCCUUAAACAUUUCCUCUCCUUACCCUCCACAUGUCAGCAAGGUUCAGACAACAAGAAUGACCACCACUACUACUUCAACCACCCGCCAACCUGCCACACCUCGGUCCACACCAAGAAGACGACCAAGUCCGUCCACUAUGCCAACCACCACAGUUACUACUGCUUCAACCACCACCUCCACAACAACCACAACUACCAAAUCUCCUCGAACUACUGCACGAAGGAUUACCAAAAAGAAGCCCACAACAACUCCACGGAUUCCCAAUAAUAUUCCCAAAAGAAGUACAACACCAACAUCUACAACGCGUAGAAUUAGGAAGAAAUGUAAAGACAAAGUUGUAGAUGGAAUAUGGUGGCCCCCAGUAAAUGCUGGGGUUAUUUCUGAGAGACCCUGUCCAGAAGAUAAAAUUGGUAUUGCAAAAUGGGAAUGUGAUCAAGAAGAUUGGAUUGGUUCUGUGCCCAACUACACAGACUGUGUGGCUCCUUGGCUUCAUGACAUUGCAGAUACUGUCAACUAUACCAAACCACAGAAUUCAAUGACAGAAUUAUCAAGGUCUAUGAAGAUAUCCAAACUUGGUUCAGGUGAUAUAAUCAAAACAACAAAAGAAAUCAUUCCAGAAUUGACUAAAAUCCUUCAAAAAGAGGUAGAAAAACCUGGAGAAAAACACAAUACCAAAUCUAAAAUAGAUGCAGUAACCAAUUUCACAGAGGGUUUUAUCAGUGUUGGUAGUGCCAUGUUACAGUCUAACCAGCAAGAUGGGUGGAAUGAAAUGCCACCUGAGGAGCGUUCAAGGGUUGCAACUUCCUUAACUCAAACAAUGGAAAGCACAGCUUAUGAAAUAGCUUCCCUUUUAAAUAUGACAUCUCAGAUUGAAAUUGCAACCGAUAAUAUCAAACUUGAAAUUUCUGUGACUGAAAUCAAUAAAACAAAAGAUAUAAGAUUGCCAUCCAGUCCCUAUGCACAUUCUUUGCGUGAACCAUCAGAUUUUAUCACCAUUCCAAAAGAAAAUUUGGUUGCAAAUGCCAAACAAGGAAUGGUACGUGUCGUGUGCAUGCUUUACAACAAUUUGGGAAAUUUGCUGAAACAAACUGCAAAAGAAAAAAAGGAACCUGAAAAAAAAUUGAAAUUUGACCCAUCAGAAAUUCAUCAUGGAAAGUUUUCUAAGACUCCUCAAUUGAGUGUUCAACAGGAGGAAAAUGCUAAUGAGAUCCUGGCUGCUGAAAUCCCUAAAAAGGAGGCUGUUCAAAAAAUAAACACAAAGAUUUUGUCAGUAUCCAUGACUCAUACGCAUACUUUCCUGCCCCUGGAGAAGCCAGUGGUAUUUGUUUUGAAACACAAUCAAGAGGAACUAACAGAAAAUCCAAAAUGUGUAUUCUGGGACUAUACAUCAUCAAUGGAUGGCCAUUGGUCAACAGAAGGUUGCACUUUAUUGUCCACUAACAACACCCACACAACCUGCGAAUGUAACCAUCUUACUAGUUUUGCUGUACUUAUGGAUUUUAUCGGGACAAAGCUCCCUUAUCACCAUGAACAUGCUCUGUAUAUCAUCACUAUGGUUGGCUGCAUCAUUUCUAUUGUUAGUUUGUUCUGCUGCUUUUUUACUUUCUGCUAUUUCAGAAAUCUUCAAUGUGAACGUAAUACUAUCCACAAGAAUUUGGUGCUGAGCUUGAUGCUGGCAGAGAUUGUAUUUGUAGCCGGCAUCCACCAAACUGAAUAUAAAAUCUUAUGCUCUGUAGUGGCAGGUGUACUCCACUAUCUUUUCCUGGUAGCAUUUGCUUGGAUGUGUUUGGAAGGUAUCCUUCUCUACAUUAUGCUUAUAGAAGUCUUUGAGGCCGAGUCUCGAAGAACUGCCUUCUACCUUUUUGGUUACGGAAUCCCCGCAAUAAUUGUUGCUGUGUCUUUGGGCCUUGAUUAUACAGGAUAUGGAACAGACCAAUACUGCUGGUUGAGAACAGAUAACUACUUCAUUCUGAGUUUUGUGAUCCCUGUUGGCUUAAUUAUUGUGAUUAAUAUAUCCAUGUUGCUACUUGCUAUCUACAUGAUGCACACACAUGCCAACACAGCAAACUCUAAGGAACGGUCAACAAAGGAAAAAAUUAAGGGCUGGAUCAAAGGAGCAGUGGUGUUGAUAGUCCUACUGGGUCUCACUUGGGGAUUUGGCUUGUUCUAUGUGAACGAGCAGUCAGUUGUUAUGGCCUACAUCUUUACUGUACUCAACAGUUUGCAAGGACUUCUCAUAUUUAUCUUUCAUUGCUUUAUGAAUGAGAAGGUCUGCAAAGAGUACAAGAAGGCUAUAAAGAACUCCUCUUGGAUUCCUGCAUGUAUAAAAUCAAUCUGCAGUGGUGGCGCAGGGGACCGUUCCUCCACUCCCAACCCUUCAACAUCUUCCGGAAAUUUUAUCUCCAAGCUAUGGAGUCGUAAAAGAAAGACUUCAUCGACUAGCAACUCUAUCAAGACGCCCACAAGAGUGAAAAGUCCAGUCAGUGGAGAAACUUGUGGAGAUUCCGAUUACCAGACUUCCAAACAAAUCAUGUCAGAUUACGACUACCCCACACACGUGACUCCUCGUGGCAAACAGUCUCUCUACCAAAAGGACGUGCAAAGUGGAGCAGAUGAACUUUCAACGUUUGACUGCUCUGUUAUUGACAGCGAGCUUGUCAGUGAGUACUGCCAGACGAAUUUGCAGGUGAACCAAGAGCAGAAUCGUCUCAGCCCAGUCAGCUCAAAUGAGUCCCUGACCCCCUCGUAUACUGACUCAAUUGAGAAAAACCGUCUUUCUUUGUUGUCAAAGGAUUCUGACCUGCAAAAGAAUAACUCUUUUUCUUCUGAUAAGGUGCCAGUGCUCGAUGAAGAUCUGAUGAAGCUCGCAGUAAAAGAGAAACUGUAUGACUACGAGACAGAGCCUCUCAUGUACACCAAUAUGAACACGUCCGAAGCAGAACAGAACAUGAUUAAUAACAUGCUGAAUGACGGUGACGUUGGUAUCUCCAAUGGCCCACAGUUAAUGGCUAACCACAACCCCUACAGCAUGCCCUACUGUCAACCAUUACAGGGGAUGGGUGAGGACUGUUCCCAGCAGCUUCUAAUGCAGAGGGGCAUGACCCAUAACAUGCCUUCCAUACCUGGAUAUCCAAUUUACCAUGACUAUUCACAUUCCAAUAAUUAUAGUUCUGCAGAUGUUGGCCUGGCCAAUGGUGGCAGAAUUCCUGCUGAGAGAAUGCAGCAGUACAGAGCAGAUGACCAACUUAAUUCCACUUCUGUCAGACAUGGUGGAAAAAGAAUGGAGAAGCAUCCAAGUUUCUCGGAAUGUUGA